UCGACGAGAGAGUGUGUAAAAUGAUCAAAGUGUGAAGGGAGACUACGCCGCGUUGUUUACAAUUUAGCAAACCGGAAAAGGAACAGUUCUUGACAUAAAAAUACAACAGAAAAAUCUUUGAUCGGGAAUGGCUGCAAAAGCCAUGCCUCUAGCAAAGCUGCCUCCAAUUGCAGGCACCCCGCCAGCAGUUGGUCUAGGCAUCUCACCAAGAGCGGUAAGGCAGUACGAAGGACUACAAGGUCCAAGCUAUCAGCUGAAUGGAAUCAACGAUCGGACAAAACACAAACUACCUCAACCUCAGGUUCUAAGGCCUUUCAUUGAUACUAAAGCCGGUACCCUUGACACAUGGCCAGCUCAUGCGACUUCCCAAGCCACAGCCAAGCCAGGUAUCCCAAGCCACAGACCUCGUUCCAGCCCGGACAAGAUGUCAGCGGACAUGAGCGACGACCCCCAACGAUCAGUCAUCCCCAAGCCAAGGUUCCUGGAACAACUGGAGAUGUUCUUGAAGAAAGAACUUAGAAACCUGGACGGAGACAGGGAAGGAGGUCCCAGUGACCUUAGGUUACAGGCAUACAGAGAGGUAUUUGAGUACCUGAUAGAAGACUUCAAGACAUACAAGCCUCUUCUCUCAUCCAUUAAGACAGAGUACGAGAUGAUGAUCGCCCAACAAAGAGAACAGAUAAGGGAGCUUGAGCCUCUUAAGUCCAUGUUGGUGACAGUCUCGGAGCAGUGUGAUCAGAAAGUGAUGGCACUUAGGGAGGAGGAGAGACAGGAGAUGCUGGAUCUUAAGAGAGAGAAGAAGGCACUGCAGGAGACGAUAGAUGCCAUGAAACAACACGAGGUCUCACUACAGAUGCAAAUAGACAAGCUACAAGAAGACGUAGCCGCUGAGUACUACAAAUAUCGAAAUGAAUGCGACGCUCGUAAACUACUGGUGUCUGACAUCAACGAUUUACGCUACCAACAAGAAGACUUUCAAAAGUCUCAGGGUCAGGUCAACCCCGUUGGAGAAACCAAAGAGGAUCCCAUAAAGCUCAAGAUUGCAUUAAGGAGAGCAAGAGAGGACCUGACGGAUGCGACGCAGCGUUUGACGGAGAUGAUCGCCAACUAUGGAGACGUAGUACCGAGGAGGGACUUUGAAGGACUCAAAGUAGAACAUGAGAAACUGCAAGAAGAAAUGGAGCUACUGAAAAAAGACCAUGAGAUCCUGAUGACAGAGCACGAUACACUUCUUGAGGUCAAUAAACAGGUGUUGACGCAGAGAGACGAGUUUUACUCCGAGCUGGAAGUGCUCAAACGAUCAGCAACACCAAGACCCGACUGGGAUCGCUGCGCCCCCUUCAUGGAGGGAGGAGAGGAAAGAUGGGCAACCAUCGCUAAGGAUAAGAGCAGCGAUGGUAAAGUGGAGCUCCUCCUCAAGGAGCUAGCUGGAGACGGAGAAGGACUUGCGUUCUUUGAGCCCAAGGGUACAGGCGAGGAUGUUCCACUCUACCUCCAGACCGAUAUUAAAGUCAGAAACAGAGAGAUAUCAAAGGGGGAUGCCCUGGAGUUGAUCAAGGAGGUCUGGGCGGCCAAGAAUAAGCAGGAAUCACAGAAGGAGGACGGUUCGGUUGGACCGAUGGACGCCUUCCUGGCAGAGUUUCUUGACGACAGAUUCCGGGACAAGAAGAUGAUUGCUGAGAAGGCGUACAAUCUCCAUGACGCCUUGGAGAGAUACGAAGACGAGGGCCUCUGCAGCUUGUUCUAUCAAGUACUUAAAAAUGAGAUCAGCGAAGAUGUGUACAACCAACAAAUGGAGAUGUUGCAAAAACUGAUGGAGUCAUUCAAUCAGUCUUCAGAGACGGUGACGAUCCAAUCAUCAGCACCACCGCCAGAGACGCCCCAGCCAGCAGAAGAAGGGGUCGAACCCCCGCAGGUUGAAGAAAAGGAGGAAGAGGAAAGUAAAGAAACCAGCAUCCAAGUCAUCCCACGAGACAAGUUUGAAGCCUCUCUGAAAGAGGUCUUUGCCGUCAAGUCCGAUGAGAACAUCGAAGCCCUUGUGGCUGCAGCCUUAGAAGACUUGAAACCAGAAGAAGGAGCAGAGACCCUGAAUUAUCAAGAUCUCUUCAUGGAGGAUGAAGAUGGAGGAGCUCGUCCUUUUAUUAAUCUAAUCCGGAAACAAGAUAAAGAAGAACGUCUCAAGUAUGUGGAGCAGAUCAAACAAGAGAUGGGGGAGAAAGAGGAGGUGCCUCUACCGGAAUUACGGAUGGCCAUCAACGUGGUGGAUGCCGAGAUCGAUAAACAUCAUAUGAUAGCGUACCUGGCCUGCGCGUACGACGUACCGCACGACCAGCUGAACACGGCCACGCCGCAACCCAUUGAAACUAUCAUACAGAGACUGCUCAAGAAAGGCGUCAGCCGCUUUGGUCUGCUCAACAGCUCUGAGUUAUAAGAAGUACACGAAAGGAGACUCUGGGUUUAUUUUUAAUAGAGAAUGACAACAAUCCGUCCAGUUUUGCCUGAACUGUUUUCUUCUUCAUAGAACUCAGGAAAGUACUGAAAGUAAAACAAAUAAGUAAGAAGAUGUUUUCCAGAAAAUCGUAUUCCUGGGUUGUGCUGUACAUUUGUACAUUAUUUUUAUUGAGUUUUUGAAACAAUAUUUUCCACUGUUCGCGUGACAGUCCUAUUACGAUGAAAACACAUCAAGGGUUGGGGGCCUAAUAAACGCCCUUUAGUAUUGAUUUGGCCCAGUUCAUGCGAAUAAUUUUUUCAUCAUAAUCUUGGUGUGCCAUUUUGGUCACUGUCCAUGUUUGUUAUACAACGGUGCGCAUUUUAGGCAACACGCCUUUUACCAUAGUUGCACGUGCAAGUUGACUCCCACAAUGGCGAUUGUGGUAGACUGUGUAGCCAAGUGUAAUGUUUGUGCAAGACAAGGUUUAGCAAUACUGCCUAAAUGUAUCAGUUGCUAAUCCAAGCAUACUCCCUACUUAAAAUCAGCAUUCAGUGGGCACAACUGUUUUCAGUCCAAAUUUUGGACAAUUGUGGUAGGUUCAACUUUUAUGUUGACAGCAUCAGAUUUUUUGAGUCAUUUUGACUGCUGUCCAAACCUUUAAAUUGAAUACUUCUUUUUAGAUCACUCCGUCCAAGCACACCAACACAUUUCAGUACCUAUUGCAGAACACUGGAAGGUACCCCUCUACUUGUGUUUCAAAUUAUUUGGUGUACCUGUUUGUAUGGUUUGGAUAAGUUUUCACCCUAAAACAUUUGAAUCUUAGAAACAAUUAAUGCAUGAGUUGUUUUUUAGUUUUCUGAGUGUUGGUGUCCAAUCGAGUAUGUUGCUGCCAUAAUGUAGAUGCAGCUGGUACCCGCUGUCACUAAACUUGGAAGUAUUCAAUGUUCUUAGUAACAAAACACUUUAAAAAUAUGAGUUUUAUUUUUUAUUUAGAAAAUAUAUAAUAAUAUUCAAAAUGGUACAAAAAAUCAAGUGGGUGAGUGGCAAGGAGGAACAGGUGAGCAGCACCUCUACAAGGUCGUCCAAGUGCAAAAAUUGAACAAAAAAACCAACCCCAAAUUUGUGUGAAGGCAGAUAAUGUUGCCUAUAAAUCAGCGUUUCGUUGACAAAAAACAUCUGAUGUAGAUAUUUAAAAAGGCAGGCAUUUGAUGCAUUAAAAGAAUUGAAACAAAAGCUGACAGUUUUACAUAUUAUUCAAAGAGUAUUUAAAAGGAUUUAUUUACACCAUUUUGUAAAAUAUUUCAUUACUGUAAAUUUUAAAUUUAAGCCCUAGAAUUUCUUCAAUAAAAAAUAUCUAUUAAUAUACAAUUGUACAAAAUUGUUGUUCUUUGGGUCAUUAUAAUCAAAAAUCAAUUUAGGCCAAACUGUUUCCUGUGACCGAACCGAUCUUUAAAAAAUUGUAUAACUUGAAAAGUUUUGAAAAGAGUAGCUUAAGCUAACUACACUGGUGCCUCACAGCAUCAACUUUGCUGAGUGAAAAAUGAGCAGGGAACCAGUACCAACAAUGUAACUCCUGGGCCCAAAUUCAUAAAUCCUGUAAGCACAAAAAAAACUUGCUUAGCACUAAAAAUAACUAUUGCCCAGCAAAAAAAGGUUACCGGCCAGAAUACUAUAGAGUUACCAUUGUUGUGAUUGGUCCCAUGGCAAUUGUUUGCUUAGCCAAGAAAUUUGCUCAACAGAAUUUUCUGCUUAACGACUUUAUGAAACUGGGCCGAUGUAGUUUGGCUGUUUCUGCUAAGCAAUAAUUUCAGUGCUUCAGACUUUAUGAAAUUGGGCCCUAUUAGCACGGUUUAAAAAGUAAGAUUUGAUUUAUUAAUAUAAAAAAUAAUACUUUGAAGAUCCCUGUCACCAACCAUUUUUUUAAUUUUAUAGCUUACAACUCCUGAAGACCAUCAGCGCACACUGAUCGAAAAGUCGGGUCAUUAAAAAAAUUAAUUCCACAGAUUCUUUUCAGAGCCACAGUUAAUUGCAAACAGCGAACAACUGUAGCAGUUACGAGAGUUUUGUGAUCAGACUGAUCGAAACAUUAACCACCGGUUCAUUUCAGAACCAACACUAGUCAAAAGAGAUAUUCACAUGGUGUUACCGCAAACCUCUCUUAAAGGGAUGCU